GGUAAUUCUGGCCUGGGGUUCAGUAUUGCUGGAGGAACAGAUAACCCACAUAUCGGGGACGAUCCUGGAAUAUUUAUUACUAAGAUAAUACCAGGAGGAGCUGCCGCAGAGGAUGGAAGACUCAGAGUCAAUGACUGCAUUUUGCGGGUGAAUGAGGUGGAUGUGUCCGAAGUUUCCCACAGCAAAGCUGUUGAGGCGCUCAAGGAAGCCGGCUCCAUAGUACGACUGUAUGUCCGUCGGAGGAGACCUAUUCUGGAGACUGUGGUGGAAAUUAAACUGUACAAAGGACCAAAAGGUCUGGGAUUCAGCAUUGCCGGAGGCGUAGGAAAUCAGCACAUUCCUGGAGACAACAGCAUCUAUGUCACAAAAAUUAUUGAUGGUGGAGCAGCCCAAAAGGAUGGACGGUUGCAAGUAGGAGACAGGCUUCUUAUGGUAAAUAAUUACAGUUUAGAAGAAGUAACACACGAAGAAGCGGUAGCAAUAUUGAAGAAUACAUCGGAUGUAGUCUAUUUAAAAGUGGGAAAGCCAACCACCAUCUAUAUGACCGACCCCUAUGGCCCUCCAGAUAUUACUCAUCCUUAUUCCCCAUCAAUGGAAAACCACAUCCUGUCUCCAGGCAACAACGGCACUUUAGAAUACAAGACCUCUUUGGCCCCCAUCUCGCCUGGAAGAUACUCACCUAUCCCAAAGCACAUGCUAGUGGAAGAUGACUACCCCAGGUCAGAUAUUCAUCUUUACUGA